AUGAGCAAAGACUCCUCCGCAACAUACCUCCACAUGCACCAACCCCGACUAGCAGACUUCUUCGAAGAAUUCACCCGCCCCCAUACCUCCUCCGCCGCCUCCAACACAACCGAUACUCCCCAAAUUAACACCGGCCAAACAAGCACCACCACCAAUCAAGGCCCCGGCGGCGUAACCUACGGCUCGUCCUCGCCCGCAACCCUCCCGUCCUUCCUCCCCAUCGAGGAGAUUUACGUGUCGCCGCAGCACCAGCCCCCGAACCCAGAAGACGAGGACGAUGUCGUGCCGGACCAGCAUGCUGCAUUCGGGAUCACGCGCGCUAUGGAGCGUCGGCGCGAGGCUGUGUGGCGCGAUCUUGGGCUUGAGGCUCUUGUGAGUGGUCAUGGUCAUGGUGGGGAUGCUGCUGCGGCUGCGGCUGCGGCUGGAGGAGGUGGUGGUGGGGUUGGAGGAGGGGGAAGUACGGUUGCGGGCUCGGGUCCUGGUGCUACUCUUCGCGGGAAUUAUGGCGGUGCGGCCGUUGCCGGGUCGAGGGCUAUUCGGGUGAGGGGUGCGGGGAGGAAGAUGGGAGGGCGGAGGACUAUUUGCCUGCGCUAA